AUGGGAAAACCAAACCCUCUCGAGGGUCACGUCUCAGGCCAAUCUAACAAGCCUUUGUCAAAGCCAGCACACAGUCUGUCCUUCGAUGAAGUCCUUAAAGAGCUCGGUGCCAGCGGCAUCGAGGGACUGAAAGCAUCGGAAGCAGAAACAAGGUUGCAGGAAUUUGGCAAAAAUGAACUGGACAACGGUCCAGGUGUCAAUCCCACAAAAAUCCUCAUCAGACAGGUUGCAAAUGCUAUGAUGUUGGUACUAAUUUUAGCAAUGGCAGUUUCUUUCGGUAUCCAAUCGUGGAUUGAGGGUGGUGUGGUAGCAGCCAUUAUCAUUCUCAAUAUCGUUAUUGGUUUUAUGCAGGAAUAUUCAGCCGAAAAGACUAUGGACUCAUUACGCUCACUUUCUUCGCCAACAUCGCAGGUUGUUCGAGAUGGAAACCAGAUAACCGUUCCCACGAUUCAAGUCGUACCCGGAGACAUGAUUGAACUCAAAACCGGUGAUACAGUCCCAGCCGAUAUUCGACUCAUGGAGGUCAUGAACUUUGAGACCGACGAAGCACUACUCACUGGUGAAUCGUUGCCAGUGACGAAGGAAUCAGAUCAGACAUUCGAGCCAGACACUGGACCUGGCGACCGACUCAACAUUGCAUUUUCAUCGAGCACUGUCACUAAAGGUAGAGCAAAAGGCGUUGUCUUUGCUACAGGAAUGUUUACAGAAAUCGGUACUAUCGCAGCCGCUCUAAGAAGUCAGAACAAAAGAGUACGUGAACCCAAGCGAACGCCAGACGGUAAGGUAAAGCCACACCGACAGGCACAGGCGUGGGCUCUUACUGGUGGUGAUUUCAUUGGCCACUUCCUAGGCGUCAAUGUCGGAACACCGUUACAACGGAAGCUAUCACAACUUGCCAUCGGCCUUUUCGGUAUUGCUGUCGUCUUCGCCAUAAUUGUAUUGGCUGCCAACCGCUUCGUCAAUGAUCAAGAAGUUAUCAUCUACGCUGUGGCGACCGGUCUUUCUAUGAUUCCUGCCUCACUAAUUGUGGUAUUGACGAUCACCAUGGCCGCAGGAACUAAGCGAAUGGUGGAGAGGAAUGUCAUUGUUCGAAAGCUGAACGCCCUCGAAGCUUUAGGUGCCGUUACCGAUAUUUGCUCCGACAAAACUGGAACCUUGACACAAGGAAAAAUGGUUGCGAAGAAAGCUUGGAUCCCAUCAAAAGGUACUUAUUCUGUAGGAGAAAGCAACCAGCCACACAACCCGACCAUCGGUGAAUUAUACCAUUCGGAGGAUGCACCAGGUGACGACGUCUCACUCGAUAUGGACAUACCCCCAGAAGUAAAAGGUCAAGAUGAUGCCCAAGACUACAAAGAUUUGCUGCAGGACAAUGGCCCUCUCGAAGAGUUCUUGAAGGUGGCAUCACUUGCAAACUUGGCUACUGUUUACAAAUCUACCGAGCACGAAGGUUGGUCAGCUCGUGGUGACCCCACCGAAGUUGCCAUCCAGGUUUUUGCUUCUCGAUUCGACUGGAACAGAAAGUCCAAAACUGAGGGUGACAAUGCUGCAUGGAAGCUCAUCACAGAGUAUCCUUUUUCGUCUGAUGUGAAGAAGAUGUCAGUCAUCUUCCAGCAAAAGGGUUCCGAAAAGCUACUAGCAUUCUCUAAAGGUGCUGUGGAAAGAGUCCUAGAAGCUUGCAUCAACAUUGAUCUUCAAGGUAAUGGUGAAUUGGAGGAACUGACUAAAGACGUCCAGGAAGACAUCCUGGGCAACAUGGAAGCGCUCGCUUCUGAAGGUCUCCGAGUCCUCGCAUUUGCUUCAAAGACACACGAUGGACCAACAGGACAAGAGGAUAGAAACGAGGUUGAGAAAGGUCUAACUUUCCGUGGUCUUAUUGGUCUCUUUGAUCCUCCACGACCAGAAUCGAGAGAUGCCGUCAAGCGAUGUCACCGUGCUGGAAUCGGUGUUCACAUGCUUACUGGUGACCAUCCUGGUACUGCUCUGGCUAUCGCCAAGCAAAUUGGCAUUGUGCCCGAGAAGCUACAAACUGAGGCUUCAAAACAAAUGGAGUCAGCCAUGGUGACUACUGCUUCACAAUUCGACAAGCUUACCGACGACCAGAUUGAUGAACUACCUGUCCUGCCUUUGGUUAUCGCAAGAUGUGCACCUCAGACUAAGGUACGCAUGAUCGAAGCUCUUCAUCGACGCGACAUGUUUGCAGCUAUGACUGGUGAUGGCGUGAAUGACUCUCCAUCCUUGAAAAGAGCCGACGUUGGUAUUGCUAUGGGCCAGGCGGGUUCGGAUGUCGCUAAAGAUGCCUCUGAUAUCAUUCUCACCGAUGAUAACUUCGCGUCUAUUCUCAAUGCUGUCGAAGAAGGUCGACGAAUUUUCGAUAAUAUCCAGAAGUUCGUCCUCCAUCUUCUCGCACAAAACAUAGCACAGGCGUGCACACUGCUUAUUGGUCUUGCCUUCAAGGACGCAAAUGCUCUAUCGGUCUUCCCACUUUCACCUGUCGAGAUCAUGUGGGUCAUUAUGAUUACCUCUGGUCUUCCCGACAUGGGUCUAGGUCUCGAAGUGGCUGCUGCUGACAUCCUCGAAAGACCACCGCAGAACCUCAAGCGUGGCAUCUUCACGAACGAACUGCUCACUGAUAUGCUUGUAUAUGGUCUUUGGAUGGCAGCACUUUGUCUGUCCAGCUUCUCGUUGGUAGCAUAUCGUUUCGGGAACGGUAUUGAAGGCCUCAACUGCAACGAUGCCUAUUCAGAUUCCUGUGAUACCGUUUUCCGAGCUCGAGCCACGUGCUUCGUGAGCAUGACUUGGUUCUCACUUUUCCUUGCCUGGGAGCUCAUGAACUUCCGCCGCUCAUUCUUCCGUAUGCAACCAAAAUCUAAGAAAUACUUCACUCAAUGGAUGCACGACGUUUGGCGAAACAAGUUUCUUUUCUGGUCCGUCAUGUUCGGAUUCGUUUCGAUCUUCCUCAUCCUAUAUGUUCCAGUUAUCAAUCACGACGUGUUCAAACACACCGGUAUUACCUGGGAGUGGGCUAUUAUCAUCAUUGAGGCUAUACUUUUCUUCGGUGGUGUGGAGGCAUGGAAGUGGGGCAAGAGAGUGUUCUACAGACAAAGAGCGAAGAAACUUGGUGGUGGUCGUAUGAGACGGUUGAGCAGCACGGUCUUUGAUGACUAUAUGGGUAUUGUUCCAGGUCAGCCAGAUCCAGCAGCGAGGAGAAGCUCUAGGAGCUCAGCCGCCAGUUCUACUGUGGCUGCUGAGAAUAGUGAGGAAGAGAGACAGGUGGCACAUGAGAAGGCUGCUCAGACUGUCUAA